AUGGCCCGCGAGCAGGUCACAUUGUCUCGAGCCUCGGAGAGUCGCAGAUUCAAAACGGGGACGGAACUCAGCAAGAAACUGCCCAUGUCGCGGUGCGCCCACCGCCCCGACUUGAUUACUAAAGCGAAGUUUUACCCAGCGCACGACAAGUCCACUGGCAAGACAACGAUGACCACCAAGAUCUACGACCAGCAGGAGGGCGAGAACUUAUUCGAGGAGGGCGAACGCACCACCAUGGAACACAAGAAGGAGUGCGUUUUCUUCCCCGCGGAGAACCCUCUGUUCACGGUGCCCACGGAUCGCAAGCUCUUCCUGGCGAAGCGCGUCGAGUCCGGGCCCAUCGCCGACCUGAAGGCGGUGGUGGCAGAGGUCAAGCAGAUGGUGGGCACGAUCCUCGUGUUCAAUUGCCUUGAGAAGGUGUCGAAGGCCAAGAAGUCGGAGAAGAAGCAGCUGGUGAAGGACGCCAAGAAGAGCAUUAGCGCCAAGAAGUGCAUCCCGGCUGAGGCUGUGUUUGCGCUGCUCAAGGAUAACCCCUGA